ACGGGACGUGCUCAGCCAGCGAGGACACUGCUAUCUGCGCAUGUCUGCCUGGUUUUACCGGUGCCACGUGUGACGUAGGGACAACAUGUCCUCCUGGUGGUUCUAUUACAAUUGAGAACACGUCAGUGGCCUUUCAGUACAGCCCAGCAAAAAGCAAUUAUCCUUCUUGGAUGAAAGACUCUCAGCCAACUAACCCCAGCGGUGCAGACCGAGUGUGGUUGUUCAAAGGAUAUGAAAAUAAAGAGAUUGCUGUAUACGAAACUGUAGAAGACAUUACACGUGGCAUACAAAGUGCGUCAAUUACACUUCCAUACAAAUGGGCCGGUACAGGACAUGUCGUAAACAAAGGCGGUUUGUAUUUUCAGCGUUCAAAAACUCAAAAUAUAGUUAAAUAUGAUAUCCAGAAAAGAAACAUUACGGCAGAGAACCACUUAAAAUCUGUAGACAGUGACAACACAUACACUUAUCAAUGGGGCGGUUACACCACCACUGACUUUGCCGUGGACGAGUACGGACUGUGGUUAGUGUACGGAAACAGGAGUAACAACUGUUACCUGGUCAUCGCCAAGAUCAACCCAGACACUCUCAACGUGGAGCAUUCGUGGGCAACGACCAUUCGCAGUGGAAGCGUGGGCAACACUUUCAUGAAAUGUGGCGUGCUUUACGCCACGAAUUCUUACAGUGAAACAUCCACGUACAUCCGCUAUACCUAUGACACCAAUACUGGAAAACAAAAGUCACUUCCUCUGAACAGGAUCCCGUUCAACCAACCUGGUACAUACAAUACCAUGUUAGAUUACAAUCCCCAUGAUGGUCUUCUGUAUUAUGCUGAUGACUAUCAGGGAUAUCUUGCCACGUUCCCAAUUGUUAAAUCAGUGUAGCAAGAUCACGUAUUCAGAAAAGAAAGCCAAAAAAUAAAUAGUUGCAACAAUAGUUUUGUUUUCAGAAACCUCCCCUUUCCCACGAUGCGUGUGUAAGCAUGUGUGCGUACGUGCGUGCGUGUGCGUUUGAAAACCGUGGCAGCAUGGGUAUG